AUGAUCAAAUUUUGGAUUAGAUCAUUACAUGUUUCAAUUAAAAGAAGUACAUUUGUAUCAACAACUACCCCAUAUUCAGAUAAAUAUUAUAGACCAAUUAUAACAGAAGGAGCAGCAGGAUUUGAUAAAUUAAUAAUACCAAAAGAUUUUUGUGCUGAUAAUCAAAAUUUAAUAACAGAAAAUCAAUUACAAGAUCAAUUAGUUGAAAUUGUAGAAUCAUUUGAAUCUCCAAUAGAUGCAUCAAUUGGGUAUGGAUCAGGUAUACUACCACAAGAAGGGUACGAAAAUAAAGAAAAACAAUUGGAUUUUAUUUUUCUAGUUCAAGAUUCAUCAACUUUUCAUAAGCAAAAUUUGAAACAAAAUCCAAAUCAUUAUUCAACAACUUCAACUUGGUUAAUUAAUUUCAUUCAAGGUAAUGGAAUAUAUUUUAAUCCAUAUGUAUUUAUUAAAAAUAAAAUGACGAAGUACGGGAUAGUAUCAAAACGUUCAGCUCUAAUGGAUCUUAGUGAAUGGAGUUCGUUAUAUUUUGCAGGAAGACUUCAAAAACCUGUGAAUUAUAUAAAAGAUAAUGAUAUUAAAUUAAAAUUUUUGAAUCAAUAUAAUCUUAAAAAUGCAAUGACAAUUGCAAUUUUUUUAAUAAAGUCAAGUCAAUUUACCGAAAAACAAUUGUAUGAACAAAUUACAAGUUUAUCAUAUUUAGGAGAUUUCAGAAUGUUUGUUGGGGGAGAAAAUCCAAAUAAAGUUAAAAAUAUAGUGACAAAACAAUUUGAUCAUUUUAAAAAGUUAUAUGAUCCUAUAUUACAAUUCUUCAUUCAUAGAAAUUAUUUGGUUAUAACGGAUAAUGAUGCGAAUAAUAGAGUCUUUAAAACAAAUUUAAAUAUAAAUUCAAGGAUAAAAUUAAUAAGUUGUUUGCCCUUACAUUUUAGAACUCAACUUUAUAGUAAAUAUCCAGAAUCAUCCAUAAAAGAUAUAGCGAAAGAUCAAAAUUUAGCAAAAAAUAUUAAAGAUUUGAUUUCAAAAACAAUUAUUUAUAGCUCCGUGAUACAAGCUAUAAAGGGUGUUUUAACGGCAGGUAUAUUUAAAUCAAUCAAAUAUGCUAUUGCUAAAAAGAAUAAAAGCAAAUAA